AUGGCUACCACAACCUCAGGUGACAAGGGCUGUGACCGAUGUGAGAAGGUAGGCAAUUGGGACUUUCUCCGCGAGUUCUAUGCUCGUGAUGAGACCAAUCGACUACACACCCAGGAUCUUGAGAUGCGGAACCUAGGCUUCAUUCAGCAGAUACAACAUGUGAGCACGAUCAAUCAGCAAAACGCGGAAACCAUCCAGACCAUCCAGAACCAAUAUGUGCAGCUUGAGGACUUGUACUUGCAGUCACAGGCUACCUGCAAAAUGCUUGAACGAGAUGUUGAUGGACAACGUCAAGAGAAAGAGACCACGUCUCUAAGACUGGAACUGGAGCAGAAUUAUCAUAGAAAAACACGGAUUCAGCUCGACAGUUACUGGAAGGUCACCGAGAAACUUAGCGACCUACUAUCCGACACGUGGGCACAUUUGAAGGACGAUGACAGCCCGGCACCAAAUAUUGGAGCGGUUUUGCUAGAGAACGAACAGCAGCGAUGCAAGAUUGCAGAGCUCGAAGCGUCAAUAAAGGUUUUGCUAGAGAAUGGAAAACAACGAUGCAAGGUCGCAGAGCUUGAAGGGUCGACUACGCCCUCUAAAAACAAACGAUCGCCUGACCAAGCAAACCUGGAGGUACAUCACCCAAGCGCAUUGAGGCCGGGUAAACGUCGGCCUGAACCAAUCCUAGCCCCGGCAAAAUGA